CUCGACCAAAACAUUGAGGAUCCGAUAACUUGUCAACAGACAGCACCGAGGCUGACGGCAAACUUCCGCAGGGGUUGACAGAACAAACAGUGAAGCUACGCCAAAAAAGCACACACUCCUGUCCAGAAGACAGGCCGUCUCAAUGCAUUACAGAGGACCGAAAGCGCUGAGGAGGUCAUGGAUGCGUACGAAUUGUUUUCAAGUUGCAAAAAGGGCGACAUUUGGAGAGUCAGAUACCUCAUUGAACAGAGAGAUGUGGACCUUAAUAUAAGAGAUAACUGGGACAGCACCCCGUUGUAUUAUGCCUGCCUCUGUGGUCACGAGGAGCUGGUCCAGUACUUGUUGGCUCGUGGUGCCAAGUGUGAAGCCAACACGUUUGAUGGGGAGCGGUGUAUGUAUGGCUCCCUGAGCGACGCUGUUCGACGCCUCCUCAAAGAAUACAAGUGUGUUACUGCCCAAACCAUGCAGCGUGACCAUUUUUACCAUUUUCUGCACACGUUGCUGGAGCAGGGUCAGCACAGCGAUGUCAAGUUCCUGGUUCAUGGAGACACUUUCCCGGCUCACCGCUGUAUUCUCAGUUCACGGUCAGAAUAUUUUACUACAAUGUUUGAGACGAAAUGGAAAGGGAAGAACUUGAUCACCCUCAAACACCCUUUGAUAAAUCCUGCAGCCUUUGGGGCCAUCCUGAAGUAUUUCUACACAGGACGUAUGGACAUCGAUUUUAGCCUUGUGGAUGACUGCAGGCGACUGGCAAAGCAGUGUAAAAUGGGAGAUCUCAUAGAUGAGCUCGAGAAUAAAUGUAAACAGUUGUAUGAAUUCGUAUCUAAUAAGCCAGGAAUCUGUGUGAAGGUGCUCACCCUGGAGCCACAUAACUCCAGACUACAAGAGGACAUGGCUCAGCUGGCAGACUGUGCGCUUCCAGAACAACUAAGAGGUGGAUUUGGGCAACUUCCCUUCAACAAAUUUGACACCUUCCCCACUUAUCCUGACAUUUGCUUCAGAGUUGAUGGCUACAAUUUCUUGUGCCAUAAGGCAUUUUUCUGUGGGCGCAGUGAUUAUUUCAAGGCCUUGCUUGAAGACCACUUCAGCGAGGGAGAAAUGCUGCAGUCCCAGCCCAGCACCCCGGUGCUCACUCUGCACAACAUCUCCCAUGAAAUCUUUAUUUCCCUUCUAUAUUACAUAUACAGCGACGACACAGAGCUGACGCCGGAGAAUGUGCUUGACGUGCUCUGUGUGGCUGACAUGUAUCUGCUACCGGGACUGAAGCAUCUGUGUGGGAAGACCCUCGCCAAGACUAUAUGUGAAGAAAACGUUCUCCACAUGUGGAAGACGGCCAAGCUGUUCAGCCUGUCACGUCUGGAAGACCAGUGCACAGAGUUCAUGGCCAAGAUCAUUGAGAGGCUGGUGGAGCAGGAUGAGUUUGCUGAGAUGAUCAAGGAGGAUGCUGCAUCGGUGGAGAAACGCCACAAGACAGACUCCAUCCCCCUGGUGGACGACAUCCGCUAUCACAUCAGCAGCAACGUCCAGACCUUCAGCGCUAUUGGGGAGGCCAGCCAGAAACUGGGAGCCCUGGAGCAGCUGCUGAUCAGCAUUGACCUCGAGUGCUGAACGAUUCGCAGCGGUGUGGCCACAGCUGGCAAGCUUACCGCUGGUGUGGUGUUUAUGAAUCGAGUUUUUAAGUUGGAUUCUUUUGUUUUUGUGGAGACUUCACUGGACAGGAGAGGAGAGAGAUGAUGUGAGGGAGUAGUGGUGGUAACAUCUGUGGUGAGGACUGACAGGAAGAUAAGACUGAGACCAAACAUAUCUCUGUAUGUUUGUAGGUCUUAGUUAUUUAGCACAGAACAUGUAUUUUCAAGGGAUCUGGUGGUGUGGUUACACUGAAGAGUGUAUUCAGUGGGAGCCAUGUGUGUUGGCAGUUUUAAGUUUUAUCAAAUCUGAAAAUUGGUCUUUGGUGUGGUGCAUUGAGUCAUUUUAUGUUUUAAGCUUGAAACAAAAUGGCUUGUGAUUAAAUUGUGUAUUAUAUAUUUAUGUUUGCAUUGCAAAUGCAUGAAUUUAUUUUAUAAGCAAGGAUUCUCUGCAGUAGAUACAGUUUUGAGUAGCUGGCUAUGUAGCUAUAUACUUUUAAGGUAAACCAGCCUCAGUAAAGGUAGUUUAGCUCCAAAGGGUUGUUGUGAACAUCAGAUUUUAUUGCAGCCCAUAUUAAUCAUGUCAGACAUGAAUUUUCCUUUCAUGCAAAGGGAAGUCAGUGAGUGAGUGCUCGGGUAUUUUGACAUGUGCUUGGGAAAUUUAUGAUGGCUUCUCUUUGCUUAUCAAGAAAGUGUUACCUUCUUCCAUUCUUUUGAGGAUAUAUGUUAUAUAAUCCCUCAGAGUGACAGCCAUUAACAUGUUAGAGUAGUGAGUGAAGCAGUAUAGUCAGAUAAAACUAUGUUUUAUUGUAUGUUACAUGCACAGAAACACAAAUUAGUGCAAAACAAUUGAAAGUUGUAUUUUUCAAUUAUGAUCAUUUAAAUUUAUUUGUUUUGAUUGGCUUGGUGCGCUUCACCUCACCUUUAGGUGCCUACCAUACAACUGUGACAUUCCACUGCGACACACACACCCAUACUUGUUCCCCUGUAAAACAUGACAGCGUUGUGUGUGAAUGCAGAAUGAUCCGUCAUGUCCUGCUGCCCUGGAUAACAGCAAGCCACUGUUGAUCAGUCAUUUCAAGUCGAGCUAUAUGCAGUCGGUAAUUAAACAAAAAGGACUGUGGACGGUGUCAGCCACUCCUCAGUCUCUUCUUGAAUGUGAUACUGCACAUGCGCUGUGCAAUUCUUAUCCAACAUGUGAAUCUGGAAGUAGAUCUUUUUCCCCCUUCUCAUGAUAACACCCUAUUUUACUUUUUAAAAACAUAAAAAACUGAAUAUUCUUCAGGUCUUGUGCCAGUGUCUUAGUUGGCAGUGUUUUCUGUUAAUACACUGUAUUUGUCUUAUGUGGAAUAAAAGAGUAAAAAAGCUUU